CUAGUCUCUUCUUUCAUAACCAUAAAAUCACAUUUCUAGAGAGAGAGAGAAAGAAUCCCGAGGACCAUAUGUAUGUGAGAGAGAUGUGAUAGAGACAGGAACUUUAUAUGCAUACAUUAACGCAAGAUCACGUUUGUUUCACGCAUACGCAUCACCUGCGUAUUUUAGUCACCGCCACAACAAUCAGCGCUUCCUGUUUUAUAGCUGUAUCUCCCAUCUCCAAUCUGUUCUCUCUCUCUCUAGAUAUGCAUAUACAUAAAUAGAGAGAGGGGGCAACUGGGUUGCAUUUAUUUUGAUCUUUUUCGGAUCACUCAAUACACCCACCACACUAGUAAUCAAUCUCAUGUCUCAAUCCCUGUUCUUGCUAACGUGCGCAGGAUGCCCCUGGAUUGGGUUUUUAACCACAGCAUCAUAUGGAAGUUCUUGCCUUGACUUGAUAUCUUCUUCUUCAGCGUGAUGAUGCUGCAUUUACAGUAACAAGUCGAUCGAUAAAGUUUCUUGAUUUAGAUGGAAGGUUUUCUUGAUUUAAAUUCUUCCCCAAAUCACCCUUUUGAGUAUUUCAGAGGAUCUUUAAAACAGACAAUGCUCGAUCAUGAUAUCAUAUUCAAGAAACAAGUAUGUGGGUCCCUUGGAAAGUCGUUGAUGAAGAGUGAUUCAAAGUAUACAAGAUGUGAAGCUUUUCCCAUGAAGAGAACAUUCACAGGACAUCAUUCGGCAAGAUUCUUGAUAGACAACUUGUUCUCACAAGAUGAUGAUGAUGAUGAUGAUUUGAAUCUUUCUUUGAGUAUUGGGAGGAGUAUCAAUAAAAGAAGAAAAUCUUGGAAGAACAAGAUUAUAAUUAAUCUUGAAGAAGAAUCUUCAGGAAUAGGAUUGAGUGAGGAUGUUCAACCUGUUUUUUCACUUGAUCAAUCGAGUCAAAAGUCAACGGAUCAUAUAAAUCAAUACCCAUGUCAUGGAAUGAUCGAUUGUUUAGUGAAUGGUGUCAAUUUGCAUAAAGGAUCCAGCGAGUUGCAUGAUGAUGUCAAACAAACAAAACUAAUGGAUUUCGAUCUCAACGAAGAUCAACCCGAUGAAUCUUAUCAAUCAAACGAACCCUCAUCAGAUCUCACAGAAGAGAAAGAGAGAAAUAUCUCACAGGUGAUAGAAGAAAAAGUGAAAAACGACUCAGAUUAUGCAACAAAAAAAGCAGCCCACUCACUUGUUUCAAUCUCAUUGCAACAAAUUUCAAGUAAUCAAGAUUCCGAAAGCAAAUCAGGGUCAAACGAGGUUGAAAACAAGAAAACAAACCCACGAAGAUCUUCUUCUAUUGAUUCUUACGAGUCACUUGUUUUAAAGCUAGAAGAAAGCUGUGUAGAUGAAGAUUGUGUAACAUCGAAAGCUUUUGAAUUAAAUGAAAUGGGUAAAAAUAAAAACGACAAAGGAAUAAACUCAAUAAAGUUAAGAAGAGGAAGGAGAAUGAAAGAUUUUCAGAAAGAUAUACUUCCUACAUUAUCGUCACUUUCUCAACAUGAAAUCUGGGAAGAUAUUAAGAUUUUGGAAGGUGUGAUUAGGUCGAGAGAAUAUAAGCGUCUGCAAAAAGCUAAAACGGAAAAUGGGGAUAACUUUGUGAAGAACAAACGAUCAAAAGUCAACUAUGCUGGUCAAAGGUCUUGUUUGCCCAAAAGGAAAUAGUGAUUUCAUAUCCUAAUGAAAAGGUGUAGUUAGUUAUGAAGUAGGAAGCAGAUAACGAUUGAUUCUUUGAGUGAGAGUGAUUUCAUAGCUUUUUGUUCUUGAUUAUCAUUGUAGUUUUUAGUUUUCUUGAUUCCUUAAAAUCCAACUUUGACC